CGCGCCCUGCGAUCCGGAAAGGCCGGCGAUUGGCCGCGGCCGCCCGUAUGCAAACGAGCGGGGGGACCGGCAGGGCGGCCGGGCUUACAGGAACCGCGGCACUUCCAGCCUCAUUCAUAGCGGCCCGGACCGACCGCAGGCAGCACCGUCCCGGCUCCGGCGCCCCUCCGCGGCUCCGGGCGCCCCUCCCCGGCUGCUGGGCACCCCUCCGCGGCUCCGGGCGUCCCUCCCCGGCUCCGGGCACCCGCUCCCGGCUCCGGGCACCCAUCCCCGCUCCCGGGCCCGCGAGAAGAAAGUCAGCUUCUCCGCCUGCUGCUCCUCGACCCGCGCCGGAGCUCCGAUGAUUAUUUUCCUUCCUUUCGUUCUGACUCCUGAAUGAACUGGCGCCUUGGCUGACGGUCCAACUCCUCCCGCGGCGGUGAACUCCGGCGGGGAACUCCCGUGCGCUCCUCCGGCCGCUGCGGGAGCGCGCUGUGCGGCCGGGAGGCGAGGCGGGCCGCGGAGCCGCGGUGCUCGGCAGGGCGCGCGGGGCGAGUGCGUGGGGAGUGCCCCCCGCCCCGUCUGUGUGGAUCUGCGCGGCGGGCCCCUCCCCGGAGGCCGCUCCACCUGCUGCGGUUACCGGCGGCGGUGGGGCCGGCGGACCCGGGCUCCCAGGCCGGCGCUGGGGGAAGCGGGAGGAGGACCCGUUGGCGGCCGCCCGCCCGCCGGGCUGACUCACCGCGCCCGCCGGGGAGACGGUGCCGGCUCCGUGCGUGUGGCUCCGCCGCUGCUCGGCUCCCCCAAACCGCGGGGGUCAGCCACAAACUCACCCACACCCCAAACCCCAGCUCUGAGAGCUGUCACCCACGUGGACUUUUCUUUUUUUAUUGUAAGAUCAGCUUUUCUUGGGAAAGCUGAACCUUUGGGACUGAGCUUUCUGCCAGGACUCGCUGGGAGACCGUGACAAGUAUUUCCUCCCGGCGGCCCCUCUGCGACUACUGAGGCUGAUGUCCACGGCUACUUUAAAAAAAAAACCGGCAGCGGACAUUGAUGGACCUCUGCUGUGUUUAAAUCCUCUACAGAUCGCCCUGUAAAUAUUUUAUGAAGCAGAGCCUAUGUAUAUAUAUUUAUACGCGCGUGUGUAUUUAUAUGCGCAUACAUUAGGAGCGCGACCUUCCACCCGAAGCUCCAGCUCCGGAGCCCGUUUUGCACGGUAGAAGCGGCGAUGCUCGCGGAAGACGCCCCUGUGUUUUCUGUUUUGGUUCCGCCGGGACUUUAGACAAAACUCACCUGGGAGCGCGGACAGGGGGACCCCUGGAACCUCCGAACCGCGGGCGCCGGUCCCGUUUCUCUCCGCGGACGCGUUUUAGGAGGCGUUUGGGGACUUUGCCUCCCGAAAUUUUUGUGACGGCCACAGACUGAGCUUCAUCCUCAGAGCGGGACCGGCCGAAGACAGCCCCCCUCGGCUUCGGGCUCUGGAUUGGGGCGCCCACUCUUUAUAAAGCGCUCACUCCGCGGCCGGAUGCGGGGAGCCCUGCCCGGGGCCUAGACCUCCCCCUCCCUCCCUCCGGGCCGGUCAGGAGCCUAGCCCGCCCCGCCCGGCCCCCGCGGCGCCCCGGGCCGGCCUUGCAUGUGGGUCUCCGGGGAGCCGCCGGCCGCCGGUCCGCGCCCCCGCCGCCGCCCCGGGCUCGGAGGAGCCGCGCGCAGGGCCCGCACUCACCCGGCCUGUUGUGAUGCGUAUCCCCGUAGAUGCCAGCACGAGCCGCCGCUUCACGCCGCCGUCCACCGCGCUGAGCCCGGGCAAGAUGAGCGAGGCGCCGCCGCUGGGCGCCCCGGACGCCGCCGGCCUGGCGGGCAAGCUGAGGAGCGGCGACCGCAGCAUGGUGGAGGUGCUGGCCGACCACCCCGGCGAACUGGUGCGCACCGACAGCCCCAACUUCCUCUGCUCCGUGCUGCCCACGCACUGGCGCUGCAACAAGACGCUGCCCAUCGCCUUCAAGGUGGUGGCGCUGGGGGACGUCCCGGACGGGACGCUGGUCACGGUGAUGGCGGGCAACGAUGAGAACUACUCGGCCGAGCUGCGGAACGCCACGGCGGCCAUGAAGAACCAGGUGGCCCGGUUCAACGACCUGCGGUUCGUCGGCCGCAGCGGACGAGGGAAGAGCUUCACGCUGACCAUCACCGUCUUCACGAACCCGCCGCAGGUCGCCACCUACCACCGAGCCAUCAAGAUCACCGUGGACGGGCCCCGGGAACCUCGAAGACACCGUCAGAAACUAGAUGAUCAGACCAAGCCGGGCAGCUUGUCCUUUUCCGAGCGGCUCAGUGAGCUGGAACAGCUGCGGCGCACCGCCAUGCGGGUCAGCCCGCACCACCCCGCCCCCACGCCCGCCCCGCGCGCCUCCCUGGGCCACUCAGCGGCCUUCAACCCUCAGCCUCAGAGCCAGAUGCAGGCGGCCCCGGAGCUGACGGCCUUCGGCGACCCACGCCAGUUCCCGGCGCUGCCCUCCAUCUCGGACCCGCGCAUGCACUACCCGGGCGCCUUCACCUACUCGCCCACGCCCGUCACCUCGGGCAUCGGCAUCGGCAUGUCGGCCAUGGGCUCGGCCUCGCGCUACCACACGUACCUGCCGCCGCCCUACCCCGGCUCCUCGCAGGCGCAGGGCGGCCCGUUCCCCGCCGGCUCGCCGUCCUACCACCUGUACUACGGCGCCUCGGCCAGCUCCUACCAGUUCUCCGUGGUGGGCGAGCGCUCGCCGCCCCGCAUCCUGCCGCCCUGCACCAAUGCGUCCACGGGCGCCGCGCUGCUCAACCCCAGCCUGCCCACGCCCAGCGACGCGGGCGAGGCCGAGGGCAGCCACAGCAGCUCGCCCACCGUGCCCACCGCGCGCCUGGAGGAGGCCGUGUGGCGGCCCUACUGAGCCGGCGGGGCCCCAGCUGGACCGGCUGGAACGUGCCCCUGGCACCAGCUGGACCGGCCGGGCCCCCAAGCCCUGGCACCAGCUGGACGGGCCAGGGCCCCAGCGCCUCCAGCUGGACCAGCUGGACCCCCGCCCCUGGCACCAGCUGGACCUGCCAGGACCCUGCGCUUCUGGCACCAGCUGGACCGGCCAGGGCCGCUAUUGCACCAUCAGAGCCCACCGUCUGCAGAGCGUGACCGGCUGGCCACGUGGGCCGCUGGGAGGCACACAGGAAGAUUCCAGAGGAAAACUGUGAAUGCUUCUGAAUUAGCAAUGCUGUGAAUAAAAGAAAGGUUUUAUACCCUGA